CAAACCAAAUCUAAAGAGUGCCACAAGCGCCGCAAAAUCGGAACAGCAGCAGACCGCAAUGUAUCUUUCUGUUUCAUGCCGUUCUGAACGGUCUGAUGUAUAAAUAAACUUUCUUUUCUUCGACAUUUCGUACAAUCAUUCCGUUUUAUACACCAUUUUUGCAGAUCUUCUGACUGGUAAUCAUUUCAAAAUUGACUCUUCAAUUUAUCAACUUCACUAAAAAACUGCUCUUUAACCACUAAAACUUUUCGAACGAAACAAAAGUGAAGAUAAACGUGCGUAGAUCUUUUUUCAUUACAUAACCUCGAAAGCCACACAUUAUUUUUUCACUGCAGCACAUUUUUCAAAGUGAAUCACGUUGUCGUCUUCAACUUUCAAUUUAUUCUACAGUUGCAGUUGCAUUUUUCUGUAGGAAUCACAGUGUUACCAACCAUUGCUCAAUUUGGUUAGGCUCUGGAGGCAUUUUGCAACAGAUAUUCAUCUUAUUCUGCAGCACACAUUUCACUUUAAAUAGCACAUUAUAUUUUUAGAACACAUCGCUCACUCGGUUACUCACGACUUUCUGACUUUUUUCGACUUAACCCGACGAGAACCUAAAACCAACUGGCACGUUGGGUUGGUGAUACUGCCUUCAAGUUUACUUCUUCUGUGCGUAAAAAUACGUCACAAUGCGCGCGCAGGUCAACACAGCUUCGUUACGUUACGCACUCAAUUUGAUGUUUUCAUGAUUUUUCGAGUCGGCGUUUUACCAAAAAGUUUAUAAAAAUGCUAAGGUCAAUAGUGAAUACUAACUAUUGAGUUUAAUUAAGUUGAAAACUAUUAUAUUCAACCGAAACCCAAAAUUUAGAUACUUAUAACGUUCCAUAACACAUCACAUACACGUUGCCAUUUUGUCUUGCCUAAGCAUGUAUGUGUUCUAUUUUGACGACACUCCUUCGUAAGUAUUUGUCUCGGAAAGCAUUUUAUACGAUGGUAUAUUUUGAACAUUGACAGAUAAGCGAAUUAGUUUAAAUUCUGAUUCUGAAGCAUCAGGGCUGAACAAGUGAAAUGGUAUUUUUUCUUAGCCUAUUGUUUCUCCUAAUUUCAACUGGUAAUUAAAUAUACAACUGAUUACUUUAAACACAAACAAUGGCGUCAACAAGCGAUAUUUUUACCUCAGGGAAAUUAUCAAUGCAGGAUUAUGUAAAUAGCUCAAAAUUGACUGAUGUUACAUGGGCACAUGCGGUGAACAACAAAGAUUACCUCGUAAAUGUGCUAAAUGGGAAUACAAAUUUUAUAGAAGCUGAUAUUCUUAUUGGACAUUUAGAAAACGGGAAUCCUCAAGAGAAAAUUCCGAUUAUGGCUCAUCCGCCAGCCACACAGUCAAAUCUAUCUUUGAAAGAAUUUCUGGAAAAAUGUCUCCAAUUUAAUCAACAGGCAAAAAAAGCUGAUGUAAAAGGAAUAAAAUUGGACUUCAAAUCAAUUGAAGCUUUAGAAAGUUCGAUUGACUUGAUUAAAACAUUGUACGAUACGGUAGAAUACCCUACUUGGAUAAAUGCAGAUAUAUUGGCCGGCCCAGUUAACAACACGUCAACGAUUCCAGUGGACCAUGAUAGAUUUUUCAAGUGUGCAAAACAACUUGGGCCUGUUGUAUUAUCCAUUGGAUGGACUACUAAGUGGGACCAGCAUUCUACCGAAGGAUUUUAUUCGGAAACGAACAUUCAGUGCAUGAUCGAUACCAUCAAGUCAAAUAAAAUAGAUAUGCUAGGCGCACCUAUUACAUUCCCGAUCCGUGCUGGAAUAGCAGCAAAUAGUUUUACGCAGCUAAAAAAGCUUUACGAAGCAUUAAAAACGACUAAUGAUGUAACAUUUACGAUUUGGUCCAGUUCGGAUGAUGCUGUUGAUGUGGAAAAACUUCGAAAUUUCAUGUAUGAAAUUGGAACUGAUCAUAUUUAUGUAGAUGUGCCAGAUGAACUGAAAGCGCGUUUAAAUAUUAUUACAACAGAGGUUUGAACCUGUAAUCAAAACACCAUCACAAACAAAAAUCUAUUUUUAAUAAAAUUAUAUAAAAAAAAAUCUAUUUUUUUUUGUACUCGAAUCCAAUUAGAUUAUGUUUUUUAAAGUAGUAUUUCCAUUUCCCCUACGGGAAAUACCCUUAAGAGCGAGUUUUUCACCAAUGUGUAACAGAUCGUAUCGAAUUUUGGAAAUUAAAUAUGUCUUUAUUGAA